GAGAGAGAGAGAGGGAAGGGACAGUGUGUAUGCUCAGUGCUGCAAGGACAAACAGUGCAGGCGAAGCAGGGACAGGAGGGGGAACUGGGCACCAUCUGAACUGCUGUGCUCUUCAACACUCUCUCCGGCAGCGGCAGCAGCAGCAGCAGCAGCAGAACAUCCCUCCACUGCAGCAGAGCAGAAACGGGGCCAUGGAAUAGGAAUAGGAAGAGGUAGAAGAGGAGGAAGAGGUCACCGCGACGGUGUGACACCCAGCUGGAGCGAGAGACCGAGGGACAGCCCAUGUGCGAGGACUCGUCUCGGGGAAGAGCAACGCUGCACUUGGUGUCUCUGCCCCGUAGAGCUGAGGCUGCACUGGAAUGAAGUGGAGUGGACUCUGUGCAUUAGCGAACUGGUCAUCCGUCCCCCCCCUGGGUGCUGUGCACAGCGCGCUGUCCUCUGGUGUGGUGUAGCGGAGCUCGGUCUCUGGUGCCGACCGCGUACCGUUACGCCAGACUCUGGUACGACAGGGUACCGCCAGGUACGACCGGGUACGACCGGGUACGCCUAGAGCUCACUCUUCUGCGGAGUACGUACCGGUCCGCCGAACUGACCUCUGUCCGUUCGGUCGCUGCGAGCCCUUACUCCGUUCCGACUGCGUUCGGGGACCGGAGCAGCCAUGAGCGAGGCCAAGAAGAGCGAGCUGCACAUGCGGGACAAGGCCAUCCUCCACCAGCAACGACGCCUCAAGCAGGCCACUCAGUUCACCCACAAGGACUCGGCCGACCUGCUGCCCCUCGACGGACUCAAGAGGCUCGGCACUUCCAAAGACCUGCAACCGCACUGCAUUGUGCAACGGCGCCUCCUCGAGAGCAACGUGACGCGGCUGCGGGGGGAGACGCGAGACACCGGAGCCAGGGUGCGCUCCCCACUGGCGGAUAACAAGGAGGGCGCUGAGGCCGAGGAAAAAAGCGAGAGUACACCGGACGACUCCACGGAGGACAGCGAGAAGAGCCUGAAGUCCGAGGAAGAGGAGGAGGCGGAGGAAGAGACCAGCGAGGCAACAAGCAAGGUUGAGGAGCAUCGGCGGAGGGAGAGCACAGAGAAUAAUAAAUGUGACACAGAGAGGAUGGAGGAGGGACCCGGAAGAGAUGACAGCACAAAAUCCCUUCCUCUCGCCGCCUUGGUGGUCCGAUGCAAGUGCUGCGAGAAGGACGUGAAGGCCUCCAUCAACACGGGCCGGCAGCGCAACCGCAUCUCCCUCACCUGCUGCAGGAGACUUGGGCUCCAGCCCGCUCCGGAGGCUCAGCCGUGCGGACGGGGCGCAGAGGACCGCCGGCUCUCCGCCACGCUGCCCCACACGGUGACAGACCUGCAGCUUCAGCUGGGUGGGGAGCGGAUUCGAUGCUCUGCCCAUGUGGUCGAGGACGAGGGGUUUGAGCUGUGCCUGGGCCUUCAGACUCUGCUGGAACUCAAAUGUUGCGUAGACCUUGACAGCAGGGUGCUGAGGCUCCAUGGCUCCAAGGAAGAGCUGGCCUUCUUGGAGACAUCUGCAGAGAGCUUGUGUCACCAAGACAACAACAAGAACACCACCAUAUGAAGCCCCCAAUCUACUUCCACCACCUACUGCCAAUCACCCUUCAAAUCCUCCCCUUACCCACCAACACCUCCCUUCACCCAACCACCAACCAUUACCACGUACCACCACCCUCUUCGACCCACUAUCACUGCCACCUGUGCCAAAGAUGCAAUGGCGCAGUCUUGACCGUCCCUUCACCUGAUGACCCAACUGCCUGGUCUUCAAGAGGUUCUUAUUCAGUUUUGACUAAGUGUCUUGAUGGGAUAGUACUCUUUCAACGUUCUUGUAUUUUUAUUAUAUUUCACCUGAUGUUUAUGGACAGAACCGAUAAAUUUGACCAGCUCUGGAAUCGUUACAGGAAUGUUUUGGGAAAAGGCCAUUAGCUGCGUUUGCUGAGGCUCCGUACCACACCAUCUCAUCUUUUUCGCUUUUGCUUCUACCCAUGUUAUCGAUGUGCUUGCGCUGUAAUGAGCACUUUGAGCAGGGACUCAUUGACCGUACUCUCUGUUGGACAUUAAAUUGUAUUCCAUUACUGAGUGGCUCUCUAUGUUGGUAGUGAUUUCCAGAGAUCUAAGAAUGCUUGUCUCGCCAGACUGCAGAGCAGAUUAUUCCAAUUUAUUGCCAUGGUGACGUUACUGAUUAUGCGCCCAGUGGACGAUAAUUGUUUCUUGUUUUCCCCACACAGUUUACGUGUUAUUGGCUCUUGUGUGUUCGUGCGUGCGCCCGCGUGAUGCGCAAGGUGCCAUUUCUGGCUGAAAAUCAUCCGUGUUUCACAUGGGAAAGUGGAAAAUGCUGCACAGGCCAAAAAGCGAAGGCUGCCAACACGUGAUCCCAGCUGCCUCCCUUCUCGCUCUUCAGGGGACAUCAAUCACUGCAAACAGUGCCGAGGUCCUGGCAAAUUUUUGUAUAAAUAUAUCUCCGCAUCCGGGCUAAAAAAAAAAAAGAUCUAUUUUAUACCUUGGCUUGUCUUAAUAUUUUUUCUCGGUUAAUCUAGCUAGCAUUCACAUGGUGUGCUUCAUUUAUUUCUCAUUGCACUUGGUGAGAACAGCGACCAUUCUUGUCACGUCCUUAUAUCUUGUCCAUCCAGAGAGGGACCACUUGAUCCUUGAGUAAUCUUCACCUAAAGUGUCUGACCUGCUUUCUGGAUUUUUUUUUUUUUUUUUUUACUUAAUGUGUGGAUAAACAGUUAUCAUUCCAGCUGACUUACUGUAACCUCCUGGAGCUUGUUCUGUACAGUAGUAUUUAGAGGACCACCUACUCCCCUGGACAUUUGCUCCUACUCCCAUGUAACAACUCUAUUUGACUCUGAAGUUCUCUAUACAUCAUAAUACGCUGGACUCUUAAAAGAUGUUUGCUGGUUGUGUUUUAUAAAGCAUUUUUUUUUUUUCCUCUGCCUAAUUAAAAAACGUGUAU